AACAUAAAACAUUAUAGAAAGAACAUUUCGAUUUCGAAAAUUAAAAAUUCGACUAAAUAAAUGGUGGUUAAACAAGUUUUAGCAUGGAGUUCACGAAUUCGAUUUUACCUACUUCAAAAAACAUAUGUCGUACAUGUCUCAUGGAUUAUGAUUCGAACGACCCAACAAUGUAUAAGAACAUACAAGAUCUAGUUUCUCAUGAAAUGAAUAAAAUAAAGCUUAUUGACAUUCUUAUUUUUCUCAACUGUUUAGAAAAUAAUGACGAAGAAAAUUGGCCUCAAGGAAUGUGCGCUUCGUGUGUUUCUACUGCUCUGCUCGCCUAUAAUUUCAAACUCAAUUGCUUAAAAGCAAAUGUGACACUAACACAUUUAUUUAGUAUACAGUCAACGCCCACCAAUUUUCAAAGAGCUGAUAAUAUGGAUGUUAUUGAUAUAAAUGUUGUGUAUCAAGAUCAUGAGUAUGAUGUUCCACUAUAUAGUAACCAGCCAGUUGUAAAUUUUGGGCUCCAAGUACCUGAAAGUAAGGAAGUGACACCUUUGCCACCUGUGACAGAAAUAACCUCAACAGAGAGACUUCCUCGGCCAGAAGGUGAAAAAAGAUAUGCGUGCAGCCUGUGUUCUAAAUCUUUUACUAGGAUAUACAGUCUCAGAUAUCAUAUGGCAAAACACAGUGACUUCCGCAGAUUUCUUUGCCCUAAGUGUGGCAAAAGUUUCCACACAUCAAGUGGUUUAAGACAGCACAUGGCAUCCCAUAUUAAUGUCAACCAAUUCAAAUGUGGAUUUUGUAAUAAGACCUACAAAUCAAGACAAUCUUUGAAAGAGCACUUUCGUGUUGCACAUUCCAGCAAUCGUAAAUUGUUUGUCUGUGGAACAUGUGGAAAGAAGUUUACAGCAAAAUCAACCUUAAUGAUGCAUUUGAAGAUUCAUUCUGGUCUAAAAGAAUUUGCUUGCCCAGAUUGUCCUAAAUCCUACACAAGGGCAUCUUACUUAAGAGUCCAUAGACUGAUUCAUACUGGUCAAGAGCAGCCAAGGCCAUUUAUGUGUAUGCAUAAAGAUUGCAAUAGAUGUUUUGCUACUAAACAUUCCCUGGUUGUUCAUAUUGCUCACACACAUACCAUGAAAAGACCUCAUAAAUGUGAUGUAUGUUUUAAAGGAUUUGCUACAUCCUCUGGUUUAAAAAUUCAUAAAGAAUCUCAUACUAAUCAAGAGGUUUCAUGUGAUAUUUGCAAUAAGAGAUUAGCUAAUAGGAGAGUAUUACAAAAGCACAGAAAGAUUCACAGUGCACAGACAGCAAUGAACACAGUAAAUGUGAUAGUUGAAAUGUUUUGCUAGCCACAAAACUUUAAAACAGUUAUUGUAGUAGCCAUGAAGAUAUUGAAGUAUUACUUGCUGAUCUUAUAAGUUUUUAAUUUGAAUAAAUAAAAAGCUUUGAAACUUUGUUUUUA